UGCCGACAAUUGUGCGAUGGUUAACAACAAUAGUUGAGUGUUCACUUUGAAAGCGUAAACUUCGUACGGUGCGCGAUAGAUAUUCGAGUCCGCUUGCACUUAUAAAUCAAAGAUACACGUAAACAAUAAUAAAUAAAUCUAAAAAUAGAUACAAGUUUGUGUUUUUAAGCGCUCUUAGGCAGUUGAGAGUUUCUGCGCUCAUUUGCACAUAGAAUGCAGUCGCUACUAUAAUCGCUAUUAUCACGUGUAUAAAUGUAAUUCGUAAAUUUGUGAGAUUGCCUUUUGCAUAUACAUGAACUUAAUACAAGCGUACAAGGCGUAAGCUUUAAAACGCUUAAUUUGUAUAUAUGUAUGUAUGAGUGGUUUAAUAUAUGAUAAUUGUUAUUCUCGGAAAAUAACUUAUCUACAUACAUAUACAUAUGCAGCAAAAUAACAAACUUGGAAGAGAUAACCAAUUAAAAUAAGACCAGCUUUUGUGAAAAAUGUUCAACAGUCAAACUAAAACUCGUGUGAUAUUGUAAUUGCUUGAUAAUAUAAACCGAAGUUUAUAAAACUUUCAUUUCAACAUUUUCGUGUAAACAUAAGAGAAAUAUGGAGCGGAAUGAUGCUGUUGAUAAUGUUAACAUGCCUGAACAAGACGAUAACCUGGGCUUGAGUGAUAUAAUUGAUAUACUUAAGACUUUAGAUAACAACAGUCCAGAACUUAAUGAGAGUCCAGCAUUUCUGGAAGUUCAAGCAGUUACAAAUGCAACGUCAGUUUCAUCGUCGGGAUCGUCAUCGCCAACAUUUAAUCAAAAAUCCCAGAAAUCAACAAACAUUUUAAGGCACGAAAAUUCAUACACAACAUCCGAGAAGCCUUACAUACGCAUUGUUGAGCAACCUGCUAAUAAGGCUCUUCGAUUUCGCUAUGAAUGCGAAGGGCGUUCGGCAGGCUCUAUACCCGGCGCUAAUUCGACAACCGAAAAUAAAACAUUUCCCACCAUUGAAAUCGCUGGAUAUAAAGGUGAAGUGACAAUAGUCGUCUCCUGUGUUACAAAAGAUCCCCCGUACAGGCCACAUCCUCAUAAUCUGGUUGGUAAAGAGGGCUGUGAAUAUGGUAUAUGUACAAUGCGUGUAAAAGGUGACCCUCCAAGAGCAGUAUUUAGCAAUUUAGGUGUACAGUGUGUAAGGAAGAAGGAUAUUAAAGCGGCUUUAGAAUUACGCGAAAAUCGCAAUGUCGAUCCAUUCAAAACAAAAUUUGCGCACAAAGAUCAGCCCUCGAGCAUUGAUUUAAAUGUCGUACGUCUUUGUUUUCAAGCAUUUAUACAAUCUGGCCCACGGCAAUACAAAAAAUUGACGCCUGUAGUAUCCGAUCCCGUAUACGAUCGGAAAGCUGUAAACGACCUGGCUAUUAAUCGCUUAUGCAGCUGCUCGGCCAAAAUGAGCGGCGGUGAUGAAAUAAUAAUGCUUUGCGAAAAGGUUCCCAAAGAUAUUAAAAUUAAAUUUUAUGAAUUAAGUAAAGAAGGAACCAUAGUUUGGGAAGAUUAUGCCGUUUUUCAGCACACCGAUAUUCAUAAGCAUACAGCGAUUGCAUUUAAGACGCCACGUUAUCAUAAUACAGAAGCAAUUCAUAGACCUCAAGUUUACAUCCAAUUAGUGCGACCAUCAGAUGGAGCUACUAGCGAGCCUUUACCAUUCGAAUACUAUUCCGACCCAGAUGAAAUCAAGCGUAAGCGUCUUAGGUCAGGUGAUAAUGCUAUGAAUAUACUGCGAAGGGAAUUGCAAAAGCAUGAACAAAUGCGAAAAUUCAAUGAAAUUUCAAGCCCCAAUAUGAAUGCAUGGAAUAUACCGCCAAUACAAGCAACUACGGCACCAAGUGAAAUUUUACCCGAAAUCAAACCUGAAAAUAAUGGUUUAUCAAUGUAUAAUUUUGGACCGCGUCGUAGUCCGUACCCACCAUCACCUCUGUCUCCAAUGAAUCGCAAUACGACGCCGUCACCAAAUCUUAUGAGAACACCCAGUGCUGGCAGUCAAACACAAAUGAGUGACACUUUUAAUCAAGUUUGUGGAAAUCUGCAAACACUAGGCGUCAAGAGUGAACACAAUAAUAAUAAUCAACUACCAAUCCGUUAUGAUGAUAAUUUUUUCAAUGUACAAACGAAUGUUGGUAACGUUACGAACGCGUUAUUUAAUCCGUUCAUGAGUCGAACGAGUGGAGGUAGCAUUACACCGCUAUGGCCAUUGGACAACAAUCAAAAAAUAUCAAAUUCAUCGCAAUUUCAAGUAGUGAAUUUACCGCAAGCUUCGUACGAUUAUCAGCAACAAAAUCAACUUAAUGGCAAUGUACCUGAUAAUGGCCAGCAAACAUUCCCCUUUCAAACUGAAUUGAGUACGCCGGUAACAAAUGAUUUGGAUCCAUUAAAUUCGCUUUUACAAAUCGGGAGCGACCAAUUUCUUAAUCUCAAUUCGGAUGAUUUAAAAUUAUCGAAUGUUUCUAUAUCUACCUGAUAUGUUCGACACUCAACUAACUAAAAUCCCAUUUCGAGGAUAUUUAGUUUGUCUUAGUUCUUCAAUAUAACAUUGAUUCUCAAUUGGAUUGGCAUUUUGUGCCCAUGUAAAUAAAUAUCUUUUAUAGAGUUUAAAAUUCU